AUGGGAGUUUCUGCGACUUUAUUUAGAGCUGGUUCAACAUGGUCUUCAUGGCGCUCUGAGAAGUCGGAUCCAACGUCUUUUAACUGGAAGAACAAAAUAUCUUCAAUGUGGAAUAGUAUAAAGUACUCCGGAACAUGGAUGCAUCUUUCUGACGACAACUAUUCUUCUGAAGACUUCAAGCUCAUCGUUUUGCUUGGACAAUUCUAUUAUCCGGAAGGAAGCGGUGUCUUUUCGGACUUUUGCCGUGAUUACUAUUCGCGAAUUUGGAUAACAUAUCGGACAGGAAUGCCGCCUUUGCUUGGGUCUACAACUACGAGUGACUGCGGUUGGGGUUGUAUGAUUCGAACAACUCAAAUGGCUCUUGCGCAUGCUAUAGUAGUCAAUAGGCUGAGGGUUUGGCGCUUUCAUCAGGAAGCCCAGCUUGCACCCGUAUUUUACUAUUUGUAUUAUCUCAUUAAGGACUGUCAGUCAGCUCCGCUUGGCAUCCAUCGGCUGCUUGAAAUUUCAUGUGCUGAUGGAGUGGCUGUUAAUCCCAUUGGACGAUGGUAUGCACCAUCCGAAGUGCUAUCGUUGGUCAAGAAAGCAUUGAAACUGUCUCUGUCUCCAUUGACAAGCGACCUCUCUUUAUUACUAGCUGUAGAUGGCCAGGUUGUAGUUGGGGAUGCCGAGCGGGAGAGUCGUGCUUGGUCAAAGUGUCUGCUCCUAUUUGUUCCCCUUCGGCUAGGUACGAAUCGGGUGAAUCCGCUGUAUAACUACCACGUCCGGCAUAUCUUAUCCCUCAGAACUUGCCUUGGUAUUAUUGGUGGGAAGCCGGAUCAUUCACUCUACUUCAUUGGUUGCUUCGGCCAUGAUGUAAUUUAUUUGGAUCCUCAUGUAGCACAGGAAUAUGUGCCGAUAUCCGUGUUGGAUAGAUCAUCACUAGAAGGCGAGGAAAAGAAACGAAAACAUCCUCUGUGUACAUACCAUUGUCAUUCGUUCUCCAAAAUGGCGAUGAAGGAUAUGGAUCCGAGCUGCGUAGUGGGAUUUAUUGCGUUGUACCACCUUUUUUCUAAUGUUUUUCGCCAGCUAAAUUCCAACCAAGUAAUUGACAUGGAUUUGGGACCAGGCGAGGGAUCAAAACGUACUAAGGAUCCGCUCUUUUCUGUUCGCUACCAUGAGGCGCCUAUGUAUAUUUCACACCAAGAAGUGACCGAUGAUGAGCGACGACAGGCUCUAGAGCACGGAUUCGAAAUGCUUUAG